UUCCGCUCCCGUUGAGCUUGCUGCACAGCAAUUCUGAUCAGAACCUUGAGGAAGCCUUCAGUAGACUCCGGUUCCGGAGACGGUCACCAUUAGAACACCGGCGCUACAAAAGGCACAGCCACAAACACAAGGGGCGUAAGCAUAAGGGGCGUAAGUAUAAGGGCCGUAAGCAUAAGGGGCGUAAGCACAAGGGGCGUAAGCACAAGAGACGCAAGCAUAAGGAAGGCAAACAUAAGGGACAGAAACAUAAGGGAAGCAAACACAGGGGACAGAAACGCAAGGGAGGCAAACACAUGGGACACAAGAAGGACCAUAAGAACAAGGGACAAAAGCACGUUGAGCACAAACACCAUGGACCGAAACAACGGGAACACAAACGUCAUAAACACCGGCAGCGGGAGCACAAACAUCGCGAGCUGGAAGACAAUGAGCACAGAAACGUCAACGGGAAUAACCCCAACCGCCGAGAUGACGGGUCGGUGCCAGAUGAGCAGCGACCAGAAGGUGUCCGCGAGAGCAGGACGCUGCGCGAGAUCUGGAGGAAACUGGACAAAUUUGGAAGAGAUAUUAAAAGCCUGUUGGACGCCACGCACCGCUCCGGGCCACUGCCUGGAUUCCCGGCUGUUCAACCCAAAGCUCGUGUCUGGACAGAAUGGGAUGGCACGCAAGAUGAACAAACAACUCCACAACCAGGCUGGUGGACAACCAAAGCCUGGACUACAAGGCUGACGCCACACUGGCCUACAAACUCUUCACCAGCACCAACGACCACAAGCCCGACGGCACCUAAGACCACAACUUCUUCGCCAGUACCUUCGACUACCACUCCUCCCCCAGCGUCAGCUUCAACAACCACGCCAGCGCCCACUACGUCAACAACCACCACCACAGGGAGCUCCCGCAGCCGCGGCGGGGUCCUGGUGGUCACCACUCAGCCUCAGGUCAUCGACGGACGACCGUCGUGUCGGCGCGGCUUCACCUAUCACGCGGAGAGUCAGAUGUGCCACGAGCUGUGUCCUACAGGAGCCUCGUUCCGGCCACACCUCGCCGCCUGCUACUGCGAUCGCAGUGACUUCGCCAUCAGUUUCAGUUUCCAGCCCUGGCGCUGUGCGCCGGCCGGCGGCGGUGGACCGUAGUAAAACGCCACGAUGUGGUUGGAAGGGGUGACUGCUUCAUGGGACCGUUGUAAAUUAACAGAAAUAAAAGUACGAUACGUCGAGCUCUACCUAACCGUUUGUCUGAAAUAAAACCAACACUACAAAAGUAAAAUGAACUUCCGUCAUGGAUAAAGCUCAUGUAACUGGAUGAUGUGAAUAACACUUAAGCUAUUCGGGUUUUAACGCCAUCGGUUGCACUGGGGAGAGCUGAUGCCGCGUGAAUUUAGCCGUGAUGAAAAGAUCACUGAAAUAUAACGCGAAAAUGGUCGCGAAUUUUUGCUUGCUGUAUGAGAAAAAUAACGCAAAGGAUAUCAGAAAUGAUGACUUGUUCAUGACGUUCACGAACUGUUAGUGAACAGAGAAUUCAGCUCGUGAACAUGUGACCUUAAGUGAAGGAAUUUGUAAUAUAUCAAACAAACAAACAAACAAACAAACAAACAAACAAACAAACAAACAAGCAAACAAACAAACAAGCAAGCAAACAAACAAACAAACAAACAAACAAACAAAAAAAACAA